AUGAUUUCUAAGGCACCCGAGACGUACGAGAUCUUCGAUCAACCUCACUCUCAACCAACAAGACUCAAAAUCAUUCAUGUCGGUGCCGGCGCGUCUGGUUUGCUCCUAGCUUAUAAAGCUGAGAAGUGGUUGCAGAACUACGAGGUCAUCUGUUACGAAAAGAACCCCGCGAUUGGAGGAACCUGGUGGGAGAACAGAUAUCCUGGUUGUGCCUGCGACGUUCCUGCCCACACGUACACAUACACAUUCUGGCCCAACACAGAAUGGUCAGGUUUCUAUUCAUACUCUGAUGAAAUACAGAAGUACUUCGAACGCUUUCAUGAGCAUCAUAACCUGGCACCGUAUAUUCAAUUAAACACCGAAGUCUUGAGCGCCACCUGGUUGGAUGAGAGCUGUGAAUGGGAGGUCGAAUUAAGGACCCGGGACAGGAAAUUCACGGACCGCUGCAAUGUUCUGAUCAACGGUUCAGGGGUAGUGAACAAGUGGAAGUGGCCUGCAAUUGAGGGGAUCUCAUCAUACAAAGGAGUACUUUCACACAGCGCCAACUGGGAUCCGUCGAUCGACUGGGCAGGCAAAAACGUUGCGGUUUUAGGAACAGGAUCCAGCUCGAUACAAUUGGUACCGCACCUUGCCAACGGUGCUCAAAGCUUGACGGUAUUCGCAAGAAAUAUGACAUAUAUCGCUCCUCAGAUCGCCACAGAUGAGCAGAAGAUUGAUGAAAGCAGCCAAAAGACAGCUGCAGCAGGCAAACAUCACUACACAGAGAGCGAAAAGGAAAAAUUCCGAACAGACGCCGACUUCCAUCUAAAGUAUCGAAAGAAAUUGGAGUCAGCGUUGACUGAGAUGUUUCCGCUUUUUCUUCGUGGGACAAAGCACAAUCUCCAAGCGCGACAGUCGAUGCGAGAGAGUAUGCUUGCGAAAAUCGGCCCAGGCCACGAACAGCUUAAAAGGAGAUUGAUUCCGGAAUGGUCCCCGGGCUGCCGAAGACUGACGCCUGGGGAAGGAUAUCUAGAAACACUAGUCCAGGAGCACGUCAAUGUCGUUCAUGAUGAGAUCGUACGCUUCACUGAAAGUGGUCUUCUGACUACAGCAGGAAAUGAGUAUGACUUCGACAUAGUUGUCUGCGCAACUGGGUUUGAUAUUGCAUACACGCCACAUUUCAAAAUCAUUGGGAGAGAUGGUGUGACAAUGGAGGAGGAGUGGAAAGAGACUCCCAAUAUCUACCUCAGCAUUACAGCCCCAAAAUUUCCAAAUUACUUCGUGGUUAAUGGUCCGACAGGAAACUGGGGACAAGGCUGUGCAUUGCCAUCGCACGAAGUUCAGCUCGAAUAUGCCCUGCAAUGUUGCAAGAAGAUGCAGGAGGAACGCAUUUGUGCUAUGGAACCUCUGCAAAAACCAACCACGCAGAUCAAUCAGCACCUAGAUGCCUGGCAUAGAAAGUACAGUGUUUGGGCUGAGGAAUGUAGAUCGUGGUACAAGGAUAACAAAACGCAUGGACGGGUGUAUAUAUGGCCAGGAAGUCUUUUGCAUCACCUGAAGACACUUCGUACGCCUCGGUACGAGCACUAUGAUCUGCGUCACGAAAGAGAUAACAUGUGGGGUUUUCUCGGUUGUGGUAGGACGGAUCUGGAGAUUGAGCAUGAAAAUGGUGCCCAGGUUGAUCUCGCGCCCUAUAUCAGAGCUGCGGAUACGCCGUGGACUCUGGAAAUGCCUACGACUGGGAUGUAA